UGUGGCAAUGCGAAGGAUGAGUGUCAGCAGCAGCAGCCGGCUGCAGCAGCUUACCCAGGCUUUAAGUGGGAGGGCUGUGCUGGUGGUGGACGACAACAUGGUGAACCGCAAGGUGAUCUGCCGCAUGCUGCAGCGCUACGGGGUGGCGGUGGAGGAGGUGGAUGGCGGCGCCAAGGCCGUGCGGAGGGUCAGGGACAUGAUCGACGGGGCUGCUCCACAACUUGACUGCGUCUUGAUGGACAUUCAGAUGCCGGAGAUGGACGGGUUCGAGGCCGCCUUGCGCAUUCGAAGCAUGGAGCAGGAAACGAUGCCACCGAAUGCAGCAGAGAAGGGUCUCUCAAGAAGCCCCUCCCGGAGCCAACUAGCAGCAGCAGACAAGACUCUAUCCAGGAGCCCCUCCUGCAGCACACCAGCAGCAGAAAGAAGGCUUUCCCGAAGCCCCUCCCGCAGCCCAUCAGCAGCAGAGCAGCACCUCCUCAAGAGCCCACGGAGCCCCUCAUUCUCCCAACCCACAGCAGAAAAUGCACCAAGGAGCCCCUCAGGCCCCCCACCUGACAAUGCACCUGAGGCAUCACCAUGGGGUGUAGCAGGUGCAUCACCAGGGGAGGCUGAGGGGAUAAGUGCGGAGGGUGUAGGCAAGAGGCGGCUGUUGGUGAUCGCUCUGACGGCGGAUGUGGGAGCGGGCACGAGGGAGAGGUGUGUGAAGGCGGGGAUGGAUGGGUACAUGACUAAACCCAUUGAGGAGCACCAGCUGUCCCACGUGGUGCUGCCCUUCUUUGCUGCGCACGCUGGUGACUUAGGCAGCAGUUGGAUGUGAUGCGUUCAAUGUGGUACAUCCUGUGAUUGUGAGGUGACUGUUUCUUCACAGUGGUACAUAAUCUAUAGGUCUCGAAUCCAGUAUACCGGUAGUUGGGGACACAUUCUAUGUGCAUCCAACCUAGAGUAAUGGAAACAAAGUACUGGCUCAACC